UCCUUUUCUGUUCCUUAACCUUUUUCUGUCCUUCCUUCUUGCCAUUCCUCCUUCCUUCGCCAGUAAUGAGCUGUAUUAUAAAUUUUUAAUUGAUCACUCAUCAGUCAACAGUUAUCCGUCUGAGUUUUAUUCAUUUCUUCGCUGAUUUUGACGAUAAGUUGAUCAUCUGGAGGUUUCAGUUUUACAGUCAUUUUGUUUUUACUUUGUGCUUCAAGGUCCCCUCCCCCCGGGGUUUUAAUGCAUUUCUAUUCGCUGGCUCUGAUUCUUAGUUUUCAUUGUUAAGACUGGAACAAUGGCUGAUUCUGAAUUCAAGUUGAACCUUGAUAACAGGGAUGUUUCAUGAAGUCUUCUCACGACAUAUAUUUGAAAAAGAAAAUGACAAGGUUCUCAACACUGUGUUCUGCAAUUGUGUCUUCUCCUUCAUAGUUUGAAGAAGCUAAGCUUAAUUCACUGUUGUAUUAUAUGUAAACUCAAGACCAUCAUCCCUUUGUUCUCUAUUUCUUUGUCCAUAGUGAGUCGGUUUUCGUUGAUUUCGUUUGCAAGUGUGGGGGAGGGGAAUCUGAAUUUGUUCCCGUUGAAGUAAUAUAUAAUAAGCUUAGAUCAGCUUGUGAUAGUUCUCCAUUCAGAUUUCAUCAGAUUGAGACCACGAUGAACUUCAAGAAUACGAAGAACGACCCUGCGAUGGAUAACAGCGUUGGCGGAAGGCCGCCAGGGAAUUUUUCCCUGAUACGACAGCCGUCCGUCUACUCUCUGACAUUCGACGAAUUCAUUAGUACCAUGGGAGGUCCAGGAAAGGACUUUGGGUCCAUGAACAUGGAUGAGUUACUCAAGAACAUCUGGACAGCUGAAGAAAUGCAAGCAAUGGCGUCCACGAGCAGUGUUCAACCAGUGACCGGUAUUUCUGGUGGUGGUCAUUUGCAGAAACAAGGCUCAUUGACACUGCCACGGACACUUAGCCAGAAGACAGUGGAUGAGGUCUGGAAAGAUAUUUCCAAGGACGGGAUUGCUACGGGUCAUGGAGGCCCCAAUUUACCGCAGAGGCAGCAAACUUUGGGAGAGGUGACCCUGGAGGAGUUCUUGGUCAGAGCCGGCGUGGUAAGGGAAGAUAUACAAUUAAGCGAAAAACCAAACGGAGGGAUUUUCGCCGAUUUGUCUCGGACGGGGAAUCAUAGUGGCUUAGAGAUGGGUUCUCCGCAGUUUAACGAGGGUGCAGGGUUAGCGGGAAUUCUGAAUCCCGGCAAUAACAACGAUCGUCUAACUCUUCAAUUGCCCACCAACUUGCCGUUGAGUGUUAACGGGAUUAGAUCGAAUCAGCAACAGCUGCAUAAUUCACAGUCGCCGCAGAUGCAGCCGCAGAUACUUCCAAAGCAGCCUGCUAUAGCAUAUACAACUCCAACGCCAUUAAUGAGCAAUCAAGGAAUCAAGGGUGGAAUAGUGGGACUUGCUGAUCAGAGUCUAAAGGGUAAUAUAGUUCCAGGUUCUGCACUGCAAGGUGGAGGGAUCGAUGGUAUGGGUUUAGGACAUGGGGGUGUUCACGUAGCUACAGGAUCCCCAGCGAAUCAGAUGUCGUGCGAUGAAUCUGGAAAGAUUAAUGGUGAUACUUCGUCAGUAUCGCCAGUUCCGUAUGUAUUCAAUGGCUGUUUCAGGGGGAGGAAGAGCAGUGGAACUGUGGAGAAGGUAAUUGAAAGGAGGCAGAGGAGAAUGAUAAAGAAUAGAGAAUCAGCUGCUAGGUCGAGGGCUCGCAAGCAGGCGUAUACCAUGGAAUUGGAAGAAGAAAUUAAAAUGUUGAAAGAUGAAAACCAAGAACUUCAGAGAAAGCAGGCUGAAAUCAUGGAGAUUCGAAAAAAACAACGUGAAUCUUACAAAGUUCGUUUGGUGGAAAAUGGUGACGAGCUUGAAAUCCCGCCUAAUAUAGGCUUCCACUUAUUACGAGUGAAUUUCUCUGAGGAAACGCUUUUCUCUACCUGGAGGCUUUUGUAUUGUGCUCUUUCAUGAUUAUGGAGAUGAUAAAUAUGCAUCGAGGAGUCAAGAAAAGAUGCUUACGACGCACCCAAACUGGACCUUGGUAGAAUGCAGAUGGUGAAAUGAUGCUGGUGUAGGGUAACUGCAUGACUACAUGUACAUACUUCCAAAAAUCGUAUUCUGCUGUAGAUUGAGGGUCAAUAGGUUAUAGAUUUGCGUUUUGAAAGUUUGACAUCUAGCUUAUACUUUAGACACUUUUGUUAGGGAGAAGAAAUGUGUUUUAGCAAUCGUCCAAUUUCAUGUCAUAAUUGGAAAACACUCCUGUGCGUAUUGUUCGUUGCCGAAUAUGAUUCGCAUAGAAAUUCAAGUUUUUGGGUUAAAUUUUGCACCUUUCAUUGUAUUUCGGUUCAUAGGACUCUUUAACAAAGGGCCCAGCCUUGCUGUUUUGGGUAUUGCAUCCUUGUGUGUGUGUUUGAAA